CUCUGACAUUUGCUUUGGGACCAUAGGGCUGUAUUUCCAUAAUUAGUUAAAAUUCAGCUUUUAGCCUCCUGGGACAGUAUGGCUUAUUAUUCUGGUGCAUUCUCUAUAAUAGUAGGUAUGGUAGUAUAAUAAUAGAGUCAGUUUGUGUAUGUUUUCCUCUGAUUGUAUUUAUAGAACUUUUUUUGUUGUUGGUGCCAUUUUUGCAGGUGUCCUGGGGCAUUCCAGCUCAAUGUAGAAAGCAGUUGUAGAACCUAUAGACGGUAAGCUCGUUUGAGCAAGGUCCUCUUCAACCUAUCAUUUCUGUAAGUUUUCUUGGAAUUGUCCUAUUUAUAGUUAAAUCCCCCCUCUCAUAAUAUUGUAAAGCGCUACGGAAUAUGUUGGCGCUAUAUAAAUGGCAAUAAUAACAAUGACAACUAGCCUUAACCCAGCAACCUCUGCUAAUCAAUACCAUGGGUGAAUAAAACGGAUCCAUUGUACAGCGUUACGGAAUGUGAUGGCGCUAUAUAAAUAAUAAAAUAAUAAUAUUGGUAAAGUAGAAGCAGAGGUGUAACUAGAAACCACAUGGCCCUAUGCAUCUUCCCUUCCCCCCGCCCCUCUAUUUGCAUAAUCUAACACACACAUACAUACACAGAGACACAUGCUAAUACACAGACACACAGAAUGACAUACAUUCAGAUACAAACACUGACACACAGAUACAGACAUGCAUAUAGACACAUGCAGAUACACAUACACAGUGACACACACACUGACACACAUGCAGACAGAUAUACAUACAGACAUAAAGAUAAACAUACAUACACGUAUGCAGACAAACCGAUGAACACACAGACACAUAUAGCCACGCAUGCAGACAAACAGACACACUUAAUGAGAAACCUUCAGAUACACAAAAUGAUAUGCCUACAGAUAUAAACAGUGACACAGGGGUACACUGACACAUGCAGACAAACAUAUACACAUACAGACACAGAACACACAGACCUACAUACAUACAGAUAUACAUAUAGACACGCAUGCAGAUACAGACACACUUAAUGACCAACAUUCAAAUACACAAUGACACACAUGCAGAUAUAAACUGACACACAGACAGACACAUAAGGGCACACAUUGACACAUGCAAAUAGAUACCCAUACAGAUACCCAUACAGAUACACAUACAGACACACACAUACAGACACACACACACAGACACACACACAGAUAUACAGAUAUUCACACACACACAAAUUGUUAAAAAUGUUAGUCACCCUCCUGUUUUCUACCUUUAGGUGCAGGAGGGUGACUUCCCUGGGUUCCAGUGGCUGCCUGAUGCUGAUGAAUAAUGCUUUCCUAUGGGGAGGUCUAAUGCGCACUUGCGGCCAUUGCCGCGCAUGCCCAUUAGGUCUCCCCUGCCGACUGACGACAGCGGGGAAGGACCGUGGACGGAGCCUGACCUACUGCCGAGGGACAUCGGUGCUGGAUUCAGGUAAGUGUCUGAAUGGAGUUUUAACCCCUUCAGCGACAUGGGAUGGGGGGCGGGAAGGAGGGGGGGUACUCCAGGAUCCUCUAGUGCCAGGAAAACUGGUUAUUAUUUUUGUUGUCCCCACUCCCUGCUUGUUGCCUGGCCAGGGAGGGGGAUAUGACAGUCCCUGGUGGUCCAGUGGCAUUGGCUGAGCUGUGGGGGGGCUGGCAGCAAGCGUUUACUUACCUCCCUGCAGCUCCUCCAGCUCCCCAGUGUAAGUCUCGCGGCAUGCAUACCGCACGGAGCGUUGCCAUGGUAACCAGUGGCAACACUCUGACGGCUGCGGGUCUCGCAAGACUUACACAGGGGAGCUAGAGAAGUUGCUGGGAGGUAAGUAAACGCUUGCUGCGGCCCCCCCACAGCUCAGCCAAGGACCGCCGGGCUUGUAAUGAGCCUGGCGGUCCUGUUAUAUAUUAUCGGCAAUAUCGGUAUCUUAAUUGGCUGAUACCGAUAUUGCCGAAAAUACAGAAUAUUCGCCGAUAAUGUCGGUAAAACUGAUAAUCGGUCGAUCCCUAGUUUCUCUAGCAUCUCAAGAUCAUUGUUCCAGAAAAAUUUACAUGCAAAUACUUUCUCAAAAAUAGCACACAUUCCAUAGAUAAACUAAUUAUUUUUUAAUACAUGGAUAUAUAGUUUGUAUAUAUUUUUCAUAUCAGAAAAAGAAAUUGUGCAAAGGAAUGUCUUGAGCAAUGUUAAAAAUCAAAGAAAAUACUAUUAUGCAGUUUGGAUCUGCUAUUUUAUUUUUUAUCACCUGUAAGAAACAUAUUCCAAUUCGUUUUCUUAUAGAUAUGAAUUAUUUGAAGAAAACAGGGUUAAAUCAGAGAAAAUUUGAAAAAUGAGAUCAAAAUGUGGUCGGACUGGAAGACGCAGAAAGAAUAAAGCAGAGAAUGGAUCCAAUGCAAGUGGAGGUACCGUGGAGAUUAUAUUGAGUAAAAAGUUAGUCACUUAGGAUAAGUCAGGAUUUUAUGGCUCAAAGUGUUCAUGAAAAUUGUUUCAUAAUUACCGGAAUUUUCUUUUUCUGAUCAUUAUUCAUGGCAGGAUUUACUCAUGGGUUAGCUCCUCCCCUCACAGCAGAAAGGACAGGAAAUAGAACUCUGAAACUGGUAUAAAUAGAUUCUCCCCCUUCAAAUCAGGCAGUCUUUGUAACUACCUUUACAACUUAUAGUAUAUGGGUGGGAACGUAAUGUUCCAAUUUUCCUUAUUCCUGAUCAAUCAUGGCAGCAUUUACUCAUGGGGAAUACCCAAGCAGUAUAUAUAGAGGGAGGGACAGAGUUCAAAAACAGAUAAUAGCUAUAAAAACCAUUGAGCUGCAUAAACCUUAGAAGACUUUAAGAAAGCCAAACAAGUAAUCAAUAGGAUAUUGUCAUAAAAUCUGUUCAGACAAGUUAAUUUACCCUAGAGGCUGGGAGGAAGGGGUUAAAGGCUUACCUUUCUCCAGCGCCGGGAUUCCCUUGGCACUGGGGACUCUCCUCCCUCUCCCGCGAAUGGACGCUGGCGUUUUCUCACUGUGAAAAUCACAGUGAGAAGCGCGGAUGCGCCUCUAGCUGCUGUCAAUGAGACAGCCACUAGAGGCUGGAUUAACCCUAAUGUAAACAUAGCAGUUUCUCUGAAACUGCUAUGUUUACAGCAGGCAGGGUUAACCCUAGAUGGACCUGGCACCCAGACCACUUCAUUGAGCUGAAGUGGUCUGGGUGCCUAUAGUGGUCCUUUUAUCGCCAAACCUAGAGAAGGAACAAGGCUAGUCUAAUAAAAGACAGACUCUCGUAAGAAAUAAGGAACCCAUCUUGAUAUGGAUAAAAAAAAAUUACAAAAAAUUAGAGAACCUCCAUGAAACCCAGACAUGGUCCAGAAAUUAUAGAUCUAUUAUGUCAACAAUAGAAGAUAAUGUCCUUCUCUGAUAUAAAUUAAAAACCAAAUGGAUGGCAUCAUCAAAUCAGAACAUUGACAAAGGCAUAACUUCCAGAGAUCAUCCUGGAACAAGCAGAGACUGUUGGAUGAGAACAGUCACACUAUGAUAUUAAACAGGGGGAGAGUUACACUGAGAAUCCUACUACUUUCUGGAUGGAUUUAUUAAAGGCGAUUCACACUGCUUCAUCUUUCCUAGUGAACUACUUACCUGUAGAUACAGGAAACAAAUCAAUAUCUGAAUUUGAGAAAGAGGCAGAGCCUAGUAGAGAAAUAAGAGAGUCUGUUAUUAAAACACUGCAACAAUGACUAUAUAUUGCAAAAAUCAGACUCCCAACCAUAUCUCACACUGUGAAUGAAUUGAUACAGUAAUGAUCAGUUACAGGAGAGGUAGAAACUAAUAACGCAAAUAGAUAUUAAAAGGCAAGAAGAAUCAUAUAAAGAUUGGUUAAAAAAAAAACACAUAUCGGUAUGAACCGUAGCAUUUGUGACAACUACUAAAUUAUAAGUAGGCAAUGUAGGCCAUCCACGUCAGUACCUACAUUGAAAGUAAAACAUAUUGUAAAUAGUACAAAUUAUGCCAAACAGUAGAAUCAAAACGAUUAGAGACUGUUGUGCAGUAUAAGUAGGAGAUAUGGAAUAGGCAGGAUACCGAUGGGAAGGUGGUAACCAGAGGCACAUGAUACAUUGUGGUAGGGAUCGACCGAUAUUGAUUUUUUAGAGCCGAUACUGAUGCCGAUAUUCUGUGAACUUUCAGGCCGAUAGCCGAUAUAAUUUGCCGAUAUUCUGUACAUUUACCAUUUUGGAAAAUAAAAACUAUUUCUAAAGGUAAAUGCACAAAAUAUACAUGCCACGUGUAGUGGAUACAGUGUGUUUAGACAGGGGAGCUGUAUGAGUUUGUGUAGUGGAUGCAGUGUAUGUUUGUGUAGUGUGUGUAGUGGAUGCAGUGUGUGUUUGUGUAGUGUGUGUGUGUGGAUGCAGUGUGUGUUUGUCUAGUGUGUAGUGAAUGUAGUGGAUGCAGUGUGUAUUAGUGUAGUGUGUGUAUAUAAUGAAAGCAGAGUGAUUGUGUAGUGUGUGGGUAGUGUGUGUAAAGUGAAUGCAGUAUAUACUAAAUGCAAAGUGUGUGUGUUUAUGUAGUGUAUAUAACGAAUGUUUAUAUAAUGCAGAGUGUGUGUGUUUGUAUGGUGUGUGUGUAUAUAUAAUGCAGUGUUUGUGUAGUGUGCAUUAUAUAAACACACUAUGCAAACACACACUGCAUUAAUUAUAUACACACACUAAACACACUGCAGUAUAUACGCACACUACACACACUGCAUUAUACACACACUACACAAACACUGCAUUGUAUACACGCACUGCAUUAUACACACACUGCAUUAUAUACGCACACUACACACUACACACUGCAUUAUAUACACACACUACACAAACACUGCAUUAUAUACACACACUUCACAACACACUGCAUUGUAUACACACACUACACAAACACUGCAUUGUAUACACACUGCAUUAUAUACACAGUGUGUUUGUGUAGUGUGUGUAUAUAAUGCAGUGUGUAGUGUGUUUGUGUAGUGUGCAUUAUAUAAACACACUACACAAACACUACAUUAUAUACACACACUAUACAAACACACUGCAUUAUAUACACAGUGUGUUUGUGUAGUGUAUGUGUAUAUAAUGGAGUGUGUGUGUGGGGGGGGGGGGGCAUUUUUUAUUACAUUUUUUUUUAUAUAUAUAUUUAAUAUUUAUUUUUGUUGUCCCUCCUCCCUGUUUCAUACCUGGCCAGGGAGGGGGAUAUAGCAGUCCCUGGUGGUCCAGUGGUAUUGGCUGAGCUCUGGGGGGGAGCGGGCAUCAAGCGCUUACUCACCUCCCAGCAGCUCCUCCAGCUCCCCAGUACAACUCUCGCAGCCAGCGUGUCGUGCGGAGCGUUGCCAUGGUGACCCAUGGCAACGCUCGGACGGCCGCGGGUCUCGCGAGAGUUACACUGGGGAGCUGGAGGAGCUGCUGGGAGGUGAGUAAGCGCUUGAUACCCGCUCCCCCCCAUUACAAGCCCGGCGGUCCUAGGAGGUAUUAUCGGCAAUAUCGGUAUCUGAAUUGGCCGAUACCGAUAUUGCCGAAAAUACUGAAUAUCGGCCGAUUAUAUCGGUAAAACCGAUAAUCGGUCGAUCCCUACAUUGUGGCAACAGACACAUAAGCAGGAUAGUAGAAGAUAUUCCGUUAUCCUUAUGAGAACAAACAACCGCAUACUUACUCUGACCUUCAGAUAGUGAUGAAGUACUUAUGGCAGAGCCUAUGGUGACAAUAAGAUCAUUCUGCAGCUUGUUUUAUCUGCAAAGAUAUCAACACCAAUUAAAACAUAUAAUCCACAAGUAUUAAAUCAAUGCAAUGUUAGGAGUGACCGAUCUAGGUACAGAGACCCUGUAAAACAUAUCAGCCAAAUGUUUGUCAUCAACAAGCUGCAUUACAUGAUAUUAUGCAGGAUGAAUCAACCAUUUAAAUCCACACAUUGGUUGCAAUUCCAGAUAUAAGGACACCUAGAAGAAUCCCCAUGAACAUCAGAACAGAGGUCCGUAAUGGAACUACCUGUUCAGGGAUUUCCUUUAUUGUUCUGGUAACAGGUGAAUUUUACCUGAAAUAGUAAACCUGGUAGAAUGGUCUGGGGACUGGAAAGACCUUCCAAUGUCAAUUAAAAUACUUGCAAUACCCAGCAUCAAAGUUACCUGGAGCAUAUGAUCCUAAAAGAAUACCUUUAUUGCAGAAAGGAAAUUAUAAUGUCCCCCUUCACAACAGGGGAAUCUGUGGUCAAUUCUGGUCCUUAACCCCUUAAGAACCAAAAGCAUGCCACCCCUGACAUAUAUUAUAGGGAUUGCCAAACUCCAUGUCCCCAAGGGAUGAAAUAGAAUACUGAAUAUUACAAAUAGCACAUUCUUCAACUUAUAAAGAUUAUGCUUUAAGGAAAUUUACUCAGUUCUAAAGAAUAAUCUAAACCAAUUCCAGAACACAAUGCCUCCUUGCAUUAUCAGCACUCUUUUGUACAAUGCAUCCUUUCAUGUAUAAACUUAGCUAAAUGCUCAUCACACAAACCUCCUAAAUGUGACCCAUUUGUUAGAAGGAAGCCUAAUGUAAGCAACUGGUAGGGACUGAAAGAACACUUACCUGAAUAGCUGCAGGCCUGUUUUUCAGCGGCAAAAUGGGGAUUUGAACAACUGACAGCCUAAACUGUGUAAACUAUAGGCUUCCAUCUGUACCCCAUAUGCUGUUCAUCAUCACCAGUGGGAGAAGCUGUAAACCAAACCCAAGACAAGGUAGUCUCCUUAUGGAAGUGCUGUUUACUGGGUCUUCAGGGAUAAAGGCUUUCACUCGGCUGUGGACCAUGCAUGCAGUUUACCGCUGUCAUCCCCUCAGAGAGAGAGAGAUAGGUCAGACCCCUGGUUGCCGAAGGAGGUUCCCAGGCUGGCAACUUUUACAGAUGUGCUGUUUGCUGGGUCUUCAGGGAUAAGAGGCUGAACCCUGGCCUGGCUUCCUGUAGGCAGUAUAUCACAUACAUCCCCUGAGGGGGUACCCAAGCUGGCCUGUUGCUGGGUCUUCAGGGAUAAGAGGCUGAACCCUGGCAUGAAGUGGACCAUUUUCAUCCCAUAAGGGAGAGGUUGGGUCCAACCCCCGGUCACUAAAGGGGGUACCCAGGCUAGGCACUCUUACAAUAGUGCAUUGCUGGGUCUUCAGGGCUUAGAGGCUGAACCCUGGCAAGGCUACAAAAAUAUUGCCUGGUGAGCAUAAAAGAAAAAAUCUAGGCCUGCAUAAGCAGACUCCUUCCAAACUGCAGGGAAGGACAGGAAAAAAAAGACUGCCUGAUGGGAAGGGGGAGGAUCUAUUUAUACCAGUUUCAAAGUUCUAUUUCCUGUCCUUUCUGCUGUGAGGGGAGGAGCUAACCCAUGAGUAAAUGCUGCCAUGAUUGAUCAGGAAAAUAUAAUUAAUUUGAUAUAUAUUUAUUUUUAAAGUGAGCUGUCACAAAUAACGGUUAGGAUGCAAUAAAAGCAAUAGACAAAAAAGUGUGGCAGAUUUAUAAAAAAAUAAUAAUAAAUUGCACCAAAAAAUCACCGAAAAUUAGAUUUAAACUCGGACUGUAUGUAUACAUUUUAAUUUAUUUUCUGGUGUUUUAAGGAGAACAUCACAAUGGUGAAAGCGGACCAUGUAAUAAAUAGGCAUAUUUUAAAAUACAGUAUUUAUAUUUUAUAUUUUCUACCUGCAGAGAGUCGGAGCCAUGAAUAUGAGUACAUACAGUUGUGCAAGUGGCUGAAAGAGAGAGGAUUUCAGAACAACUACCUAAGGCCAGUAGAAUUUACAGGUAGGUAUGUUUGUUUUGAAGCAAAAACGAGAAUAUGAGAACUCUGAGAAGCUUAGAGAAACUCAAUGGCUAGCGGUUCGCUACAUCCGCGCUCAGGUCUCAAAAUAGUUUUUGCUCAUUUGUGCCCUUACAGAGUACAUCUAUAUCAUUUACAUAGCAGACUGAUCCUGCACACAAGGACAGUCCAAAAACGGAAUGUCGGCAAGCUUUCUUGGAAUGAGACACCGCAACCUCAGACGAUUGUUUCAGCCUUCCUUACACCUCGUCAGCGAGGUGUAGCUGACAUCAAUCUAGGUAUAGAUUGUGUGUGUGUAUGCAUAUAUAUAUCACACAGCACAAAAAGACCUGCACACCAAUCUUAUAAUAUGAUGAAUUCAGACCGAUGCUUAGCAAUACUAUAAACAGCAAAUUGAAGAUAAGCUAGCACUCUAGGACUUUAAGAAACUAGUCUUCUUUAUCCCAGCACAAAUCCAACAGUCAACAUUUCAGUUUAAAUUUAGAUCGUUCACCAGGACAUGUUCUGAUGAAAGUUCUAAAUUUGAACUGAAUGGUGACUGUUGGAUUUACAUCUGUUCUGAAGCAAAGCAGAUUUACUGCUUGAAGAGCUGGAAUCAACUCAUUCCCUGGCUGGAGAGAACUUGUGAUAAAGAACAUUAAGCUCAGAGUAGUAGAAUAUUUAUAUCUGAGUGACAAAAGUAACUGAUCUAUUAAAACUCUCCAACUCCGCUAUAGUUACAACCUUAUUAGUUUAGCCUUAAUUUUGACAUUCUGAUUUUUAAUUAACUACAAUUUGGAGUUUAGGGAAUCAAUAUGAAAUAGAACCUCUUUAUAUCUAAACCGUAACUGCUAUGUUUACAUUGCAGGGUUAAUCCAACCUCUAGUGGCUGUCUUCCUGACAGCCGCUAGAGGUGCUUCUGCGACGCUGAAUGUGAAAAUCGCAUUCAGCGUGCAGAACGUCCAUAGGAAAGCAUUGAGAAACCCCAGACAAGGUGGAAUACAUAGAAGAGGCAUACCCAGGUAGUCACCUUAUGGAAGCACUGAUUACUGGGUCUUCAAGUAAAAGAGGCAUAGCCCCAGCUGGGCCUCAUGCUCUGGCAACGCAUGCGCAUUCCGCUCCACUCGGGAGCUGGCCUCGGAGUGGGAGGAGAGGUCACCAGCGCCGAUGGAGCCCGGCACUGGAUUAAAAUAAGUAGCUGAAGGGGUUUCAACCCCUUCAGCCCAGCGGGAGGGGGCCCUGAGGGUUGGGGGGACCUAAUGGUUAUAUAGUGUCAGGAAAAAAACGAUAGUGAUCCUUUAACUAAAGGUUUUAUUUACACAAUGUCACCUUCAUAUUUAUAAUUACUAGAUGACCGUAAACCAGUUCUCAACUUGUCAUGUAACGUAGUCCGUAAUGUUGAAGUAAGCCACUUCUCCAAGUUGCCGAGAGCAAACCUGGCCAAAUCGCAGAUGGAUCACUGCAAAGUUCAGUGAUGUUGAAUAAAGAUGCAACAUUCAGAUUUAUUCUUUAUACUCUUUCAGAUACAGGACGAGGGUUGGCGACAACACAAUCGCUACAGGUUGGUGAAUCUGUCUAGGCACCUUUUCCAGACUUUACAGAAAUGUUUAAAUUUUACUUCUUCUGUGUACAGUGAAGAUAAAGAUGUAAAAUGUGUAAACUAUGUCCCGAAUAUGCUGCAAGUGAUAUAAGGGGAGAAAAUUGCCUUAGUCUGAUUGCAUUUUAUAUACUAAAAUGUAAUAUAUUAUUUAUUUAUUGAUUUUCAUAGCCUGGUGAGCUGAUUAUUUCUUUGCCAGAAAAAUGCUUGAUCACCACAGACACUGUCCUUCACAGUUACCUUCAGAAAUAUAUCAAAAGGUGAGUUUUUGAUACACAGCACAUAACUUGUUGAUUUAUUAUUAUUAUUAUUUUUUUAUUUUUACAUGGAUUGGUUCUUUAUUAAUGUACUUGAACAAUGGCGUUUUUAUGCAUUUUUUUAGGUUUCCAAAAUUAUUUUUCUUAGUGUCCUCUUAUAUUAAUAACAUUAUCACCAAUUCAGAAACCUAUUAAAUAAAAAUUAAACACAUUUGAAAAAAAUAAGUUUCUAUUAUUCUUCAAUCUGUUCCUCCUCAGAUGGAGCCCACCGGUUUCUCCUCUGCUGGCUCUCUGCACUUUCCUUGUCACGGAACGUCAUGCUGGUCACAAAUCCUGUUGGAAGCCAUAUCUGACCUUGCUACCAGAUAGCUACAGCUGUCCUGCUUACUGGGAAGAUGAUAUAGUGUCAUUUUUACCUCAACCUGUCAAACAAAAAGCCAUGGAACAGAAGACUGAACUUCAUGAUUUUUACAUGUCUUCCUUGCCUUUUUUUAAGUCACUACAGCCUCUGUUUGGUGAAAACAUUGACAAUAUUUUGACCUAUGAAGCCCUACGAUGGGCUUGGUGUACAGUCAAUACUAGAACUGUGUAUAUGAAGCAUGAACAGAAGGACUGCUUCUCAUCAGAUAAAGACAUCUAUGCGUUGGCUCCAUACUUGGACCUGUUGAAUCACAGCCCAGGGGUACAGGUAAUAUAAUAUCUGAAAGCCAGCUGUUGAUUGCUAUGUAAAGGCAAUGGUCUAUAAACUACAUAAUUGGAUUUAACAUUGAAAAUCACCUCUAUCUUGUGUUAACCUUUUUCUGUGAGAUCCACCACUUUCUCAUUCUUUUCCAAAAGGUCGAGGCUGCUUUCAAUUUGAAGAACCGGAGUUACGAGGUUAGGACUACUGUCAGUUGUAGGAAAUAUGAGCAGGUGUUUAUAUGUUACGGACCUCACGAUAACCAGCGACUCCUUCUUGAGUAUGGCUUUGUGGCCCUUAACAAUCCUCACCAAAGUGUUUAUGUAACAAAAGGUAUGUGUAUAAUAAUGACAUGUAACUUGUUUCUUGGAUUUGGCUGUAUAUUAAUUUAUUUGGAACUCGGAUUAGAUGGUUGUUUCUUUAAUACAUUUUACAUGUUGGAUUUGUAAAUGUAUUAACUCAUGUCGUGCUUGCAUUAUGCCACUUAAAGUUCACUAGAAUUGGUUCUGCAUUCUAAUCAACUAUUCUGGAAUCCUGUGAGGGGCAAACAUGGAAAUUUUGGCUUUCAGAAGCAUGUUUGCACUAGAUCAGUGUCCCCAAAGGAUUACAUUUUACAACGGAACUACUUUGACGACAAAUCUCCAAUCCAAAGUUUCUCUGAGAGAUGUGGUGGUUUUAUUGACAUUUAUAGAUUUGUUAAAAAUAAAAACAAAACAACCUCCCACCACAAAAAAACAUACAUAGAGCUGUAUUAAAUUGUAUAUGUCCAUUAAAAUCGAGACUUGCCAUUAUCGACUAAAAUUGUAAUCCGGCUCAGCUGACCACUGGUAGAGGUUGAUGGGAGUUAUAUUCCAUAUGAGCUGUUUAGCAAGUGAUUGCCUCGCUAUCCCAUUAUAUCAGAUUUAUAACUCCAUCCAGCCUCAGCUGAAUGAGCAUGAUAGGAGUUUAGACUAGCAGAGUUAGGAUAUUUCUUGCACUCAAUUGAAUGGGUCUUGAAUUCCAAACGGAAAAGAUUGUGUAUUUUUUGUGUUAAACAGUAGAACCUUUAACACUGUCUGUAACAGGUCAAGCCAUGGGCAGCGUGUCCAGGACUUCUGGGUUAGCAUGCAGAGAUAAAGACAUUUAUCUCUAGAAUUAAAAGAAAGGUGGGAGGUACUGGGUCACUGUACCAUAACCACUUCAGUAAGAGGAAGAGGUUUAUGGAGCAUAGAACAGCCCUUUAAAAUGGUUAUUUUUUAAUUCAUGAUAUGUUAUUUAUUUUUACAUUUUAGAAGUCCUCCUUCGGCAUGUCUCUUGCAAAGACAAACAGAUGGAGAAAAAGUGCUCACUUUUGCAGGAGAACAGCUUUCUAGAGUAAGUUGUAAUUUAUUUGUUGGUAUUCGAGCCCAGGUUCGUUUUGGAGGACAAUGUGCUGGGUUGAUGCCCUUUGAUUUAAUAUUGUAUCAAACAUUACCAUUAGUUUGGAUGAAUUUCCUCCUACAUUGUAAGAUUUAUUUUGUCAUUUUUUAUACUUGUGAUUAAUUUUGAUUAAUGUGAUUAAUUUUGGAUGAAAAUGCCAAACGCAUUUCAGCUCUUCUCAAAGAUGCAACAUAUGUAUCAAGCCAAAAAUAGACUAUAAAAUAACUCUGCAUAAGUGAUAUUAAUGCUCCUUAACAUAUUCUAAUCUAGCUAAAUUUGAGGUUGUUUUUGUUUUUUGUUUUGGGGGUUGGGGGGGCCUGUCUAGGGUAGGAAAUCUGGAUUAGUAAUUGUGCAUCAAAGUUAGGGUAGGAUGAGAUAUAAUAAAUACAGCUGAUGGAUGUAUAAUAAGUAUAACAUUAUUACACUAAUAAUAAAACUACUAAUAACAUGUCAAUAUUAUGUGCUAGUCUUAUAGGCCUGAUUCUUCCUACCCCCUCACCCCCAGCGUGUUGGUUCAGCAAUGAAGAAUAAUUUGAACUCUGCGAUGUGGAAUGUUUAAUACUUGGAAUCUCCAAGCGAGACUCGUCUGGCUUAUUGUGUGCAAUAAUGUAACUCUACAUGUGCUGAAGGGUUUAAAGCACCUUUGUUACCCUUCUGUCAGAAUACAGUUCCUGUAGCUCUCCAGGAAUUAUAGGAAAUGCAGUCCAGUGUUACCAGGAGUGGGGCAGAGCUGUUCACCCCAAGUGUAAAUCAAUGCACUUCCUGGUGGUUUUAUUAACUUAUUUUGACAGAGGAAGUUCAGGUCAUUAAAUUGACAGUUGGUGAGAAUAGGGAUGUACACAUUAUCUCUAGAUGAAUCUAAUAAAAAACCUAACAUUUUUUCUCUCUCUCUGUUUUUCCUCCCCUCAAGGAAUCUAACAUUUGGAUUAGACGGUCCAUCCUGGAGGCUUCUAACAGUUGCAAAGUUACUGUGUCUUGGGUCCGAGGAAUUGUAUGUACUUUGUUCCUGGGUGGCAAUCUCCCUUAUUGAGUAACGUGUCAUAGUCUGUCAGUCACUGCUUGGUUAUUGAUAUAAGUUCAGUUUCAGUUCAUAUUUUAGUUAUGAGUGAAACAACACAAUGUGAUGUUUUAGAUGUUUUGAAUGAUCUCCUUCUAUUCUUUUUCCUUUCCAUCCUCCACUCAGAAAUUGUCCACAAUUACUGUCUUGUUUCUAGGGAACUUUUAAUUCUUAUUGUUGUGGUUGUUUGUUCUCCUCCCCCCAUCCUUUUCGGACAUGUGUAAUUGAUAUGGGUUAAGUAGACUAAAAGUCGGAUGGUUUAUAAAUGUUUCCAGAACCCCAAGAUGGAAUUAUUUCCUCAAAAUACAGGGUCCCUUGUUAUGUAUCUUGUAUUCAUAUUGGUGUUAGUGUACUAUAGUGGUUAAUGUUUAGUGCCAGUAUAGUUUUGGAGGUUAAUGCUUUGUAGGGGGUUAAGGGUAGGACGUUACUGUAAGGGCAGCACUGUAACAUAUAUUUCUCAGUGCUGCCUGAGAUUAGUGUGAGUUGGCAUCUUAGGCAGCAGCUCUUUCAUCUGCUGUCAUUAAAAUGGCGGCAUGUUCCACUUUGGGAUUUAACUCCCACUAAUCUCAGGCAGUCCUAGACAUAAGCCUGUCUUGAUCAUGGUUGAGAUUAGGGCCCCAGACUGCAUUUAGGUGAUUUCUAAUCUUAACAAGGACUAAUUGCAUGGAUUACAUCACUAUAUGUGCAAUACAGGAGUCUAAAACCCGAUCUGCAUGUUAAAAUAACAGCCCGAUCCUGUGUGUGUGUGGAUUCUAAAAAUGUAUUUUGUGUGUGUGUGAAUUGUAAUCAUGUAUUCACUUUUGAAAAUUUUAGCAUGUGUUGGAAGAAAGUGCUCCUGGGAAAUGCCAUUUCUGAGUCCAAUGAACACUCUGGAUUAGAACUAGUGAGAAAAAUCUGCCUCCACCUGCUGGAGGACACCUCACUCAUUCUGAAAGAGGUGAGUCCAGCAAUUCUGUACACACUGGAUAGGAUGCAGUGGUACUUGUGGUGUAUUCUAUCCUGGGCCAGAUUAACAUAGGGGCUGAUAGAGCUGCAGCUCCAGGCUAAUGCCUAAGGAAUAGGCCCAUUGAUAGAAUAUUUAUUAUUUAAUGCAAACUGCAAAGACUUAAAAUUGUCAACCCACAGGUGAAAUAUUGUUACUUAGAAAGGAAUCCCCAGGCUUCACGGGACACCAUAGGCCCCCAGUCCACUUCAGCUCAUUGAAGUCAUCUGGGUGCAGUGUUCCAGGUCUCUUAGCCCUGAGCAGGUAAUUAUUGCAGUUAUUAAGAAACUGCAAUAAUUACAUGCUAGGGUUAACUCUACCUCUAGUGGCUGUCUGCCAGACAGUCACUAGAGGGACUUCCAGUAUUUUAGGCGACUUUUGGUGCCCUGACACUGGACAUCCUCAUGCUAUGCAUGGGGAUGUCCAGUGUCACUCAAAAUCCCAUACAAAAGCCUUGGAUAAUGCUUUCCAAUGGGUAAAUGCUAAUGCACGCACAUAAGGUCUUCCCCGCCGGCUGAAGUUGGCAGCAGAGGAGAGAAGGUGAACCUGAGCCAGUUCCAAAGGGACAUCGCCGAUGGACCCAAAUAAGUGACAGAAAGGGUUUUUAACUCCUUUUGCAACACUGGAAUGGGGUUUAUUUAUGCCCUUCAAAUGUAGCCACCAGUGAUAAAACAUAUUGUUGAGCUCUCGAUGAACUAUUAAUUUUGUAGUUUUUUUUUGUGUUUGUAUAGUAUCUUUUUUAUUUUUUUAUUUUAGAUUUCUUCUUUUACAAGUAAGAACAUAUUAGUGAAAAAGCACUUGGCUUUAGUUGAGGCCUUAAGGUUGGAUGAACUGAAAAUUCUUCAAACAUCAGCAGAUAUCUUAGAGAAUAUGCAUCGUGCUUCUCGGUGAAGAGAAAUUCAGAUUAUGGAAAAUAUGUGUGGGAAAAAAAUAACAUAAAACAAGUGUGGAGGGGCGGAGCCGAAUGGACGCUGCUCUCCAUGGCUCCCAAGUAUCACCGAGCAAUCUGCCACACAUCUCAGGUACGGGGGACCAUCGACCCGUGAGACCCACAGCCACAGCUCCAGGGCUCACAAGGCUACCCACCAAUGCCCUUUUUAUAUACAAACUCGGGCAAAAAACGCGUCCGCAAAUCUCGGGCCUACCUCGCCCUCCAGUCGGCAUCACAACUGCCAGCGGUAUCCUUCCCGAGCCCUGAGGACUGGUAUAGCCUGGGAGCUGACUACCAACGACCACCCAGCGACGAAAUGGGGAGGCGAUCACAAAAGCCACAACAAGCUGCACCCAGGGACUCACAAGACAUAGGGGCCCUACUACAGCGCACUGCAGGCCACAAAAUGGCGGCUGACCAGGACCAGGAGACUGGCUCCACAGGGACAGAACAGCAGACACAAAAACGCAGAGCAGACAGGAGAUCUGAAUCCCCCAGCAGCCCACCAACAGAAAGGGAUGACUCAGCCCCAGCCACUAAAAAGGAUAUCAGACUCUUGCUGCAAGAAAUGAAACAGAGGUUUGAUGUUGAAGAGGACAUACUAGACCUCAGACAAGAGGUAAAAAGCAUGGGAGAUACCCUGAAACACUUACAAUCGGCGAACACAGCGCUCCAAAACACUCUGGACACCAUGGAAGACCGCAGUAGACGCACACAUAUUAAGAUCCGGGGAAUUCCUGACACAGUCGGACCUUCAGAACUAACACAUUACCUGAGGAGGCUCACUGCAACUAUCCUGCCACACACACAUGCUAAAAAGCCACUUCCGCAUAAACAAGGCCAAAAGGGCACCCACAACGGCUCCAAGGGAUGUCAUAGUCCGCUGCCACUCCAUGACAGAAAAACGCUGCAUACUAGCAGCGGUAAGAGACAAGACACCGCUGACCUUCGAAGAUUCACAACUCCCCUUUUUCCAAGAAAUUACGCGGAAAAAACUACUCUGGAGAAAGUCAUUGAACGACGUAACGGAACAACUGCGGAAAGGGAAAGUGGAGUACAGAUGGCUGCUGCCGAGAACCUUGGCGGUCAUCAGCGAAAUGGAGGUCCUAAAACUUACCUCACUCUCAGAAGCCCCUGCGCUCCUCCAAAAACUGGGACCGACACAGAACACCUCAACGCCGGGCACAAAAACAGCCCCCCACUCAUGGGACCCAGGGAGAACUGUUCCAUUCUUUCCCAGGGGCAACAGGAGGCAGCGACCUGAACACCACAUAAAAUGUAUACCGCAAAUUUCCAUGCUCUGCUGUUCUCUUCUCUAAGUUCACCCUACUACUCUCUCUACACCCCAAGUUUGACUAAGGCCACCCCCUACAAAGACCGAGAUGUACACCCCCCCCCCUUAAUCCCCUUUGGUUAGGGGUCGGCACUACCUACUGUACCACGCAUAGCAUACCCGACACAACCUACACCAAAGCACUGACAGAAGCGCGUGGCCCACACCGAGGCAUACACACCACCACAAAAGGGGAUAAACGACAACUUAACCAACCACCUUAUGCCUCCCCCAAACUGCCAAGGAAGGUGCUAAUCAACCAUUUACAAGACUCUACUACCAUACACACACUCGACAUAUUCACCCACACACAGACCACCCUAUGGGUACCAAUAGCAUGGGCACACUUGACCCACAAGAAAAAAGAAAAUGUGCAGACACAUUUUUCCACUAUGUUCUCCCUGACCACAUAGACACAAGCUAACUCCUUCGACCAUUGAACAGAAAGACAAACACAACAUAACUGCUACCUACUCUUAGUUUCUAUCAAUAUGCACCUGUAAACGUAGUGCCUAACUUUGAACAAAGCUAUUAACCAUGCUGAUUGCCAAUUUGUCUAUGCUGAUAAGGCGAUGCAAGUAUGUAUGUCACAAAACUGAAUGCACCGAAAAUAAAGAAUUAAAAAAAAAAAAAAAAGUGUGGAGCAAAUGGCAAUGGACAUGACCUCUUCCUGAUGAUGACUCCAAUUGUAGAACUGUGUUAUCAUAAUUUUGAGUGUACAUUCAUAAUAGUGAGCAAUACAAGAUCAUAAACCAAAAAUUAAAACUAUACAUUUUUUUUUAACCUAAUUUCAGUUGUGUGAUAUCUGCAGGGCAAUAAACUGGCAAGUGGAGCAAAUUGGAGGUGAGGCGCUGGGGUAAGGGGG